GAAUGUGAGGCGGAAUGGGGAAAGUGUGUGUUUAAGAGAGAGGCGAGCGAGAGGGGGAGUGAGAGAGAGGAGAGGCAAAGCACUAAGUGGACCAGAGAGUUGAACAUCACAAGACUGCACACAAUGAAGGUAAGAAAAUACUUUUAAAAAUAUUGACAGUGCCUUGAGAUGUCAAGAUAACUUACAUUAUUAUUACUUGCAUUAUAUUUUGGGAUUGUUAUGUGCUUUAUUUCUCUCUUUCAUCAUAUGGACUAUAAUAACUAGUUGAAAUACAGUGCCACUUCAGGACUAGUAAGUUUAAAACACAGACAAGACCUGCAGGAAAGUAACCUAAUUUACACAUAAAGUAGAUCUAGCUUGAGUUUAUCUGGAUUACAAAUGAGUAAGGGCAAUAAAAAAACACCAAUAAAUAAACCUAUAUCUGCACUGUGUAUUGUGAAAACAUAAUGUUGGGUCCUGAUGUUUUCAUUAGAGACCAUGUUCUGAGACACUUAUAAGAAAUGACUAUUCCCCCUACAGAAGGCCUCAAUGAAUGCAUGUAUGAUUGGGCACCCCACUGCAUCUAUUUUUUGGACCACUGCGCCUGUUUGUUGCUGCCUGAAUAGCACAGGUUGAUGAGAGGCCCUGUCAGUGGCUGCCUAUGGAACCGCAUAAGGAUAGCAAACCAUGUAGAAAAACAAAUCGUACUUAUCCAAUUCAUUGUGCUAACAUUGAUAUGUUUGCUCCUUAGUCACAAGGAAAGUGGCAUAUUCUUUAAAAAAAGUAUUUGCCCCUUAUCCUUUCAGUUCUUGUAGCAGCUGAAUGUCACAAGGAGAAUAUCUUAGAGCGCUCGGAGAAAUGCCAAAGGGUAAUACUAACCGCUGUACGGUCAGAACUGCGUGACAAUGGCCUACAUUUGUAGAGUAGUCUACUAACUCUCUGGACUGGUGAGAAGUCAUCUGCAUAGCUACGGAGUCAUUCAACAUUGCAGGACAGAUUUUAAUCAUAUUUUGAGGUGAAAUGUGCCUGGUAGCAAAAUAAAGGAAUUGAUUGUCUUGUUCAAGCCUCAUAUUGUAUAUAAAUUGUGCAUUUGAAUUGAGUGAUACAGUAUACACUGAGUAUACAUUUGGACAUUUUAGAGUAUACCAACCAUUAGGAAUACCUUCCUAAUAUUGAGUUGUCUCAAUUGUCUCAAAGCUUGAAAAUCCUUCUUAACAUGUCUUCUCACCUUCAUCUACACUGAUUGAAGUGGAUUUAACAAGUGACAUCAACUAGGGAUCAUAGCUGUCACCUGGAUUCACCUGGUCAGUCUAUGUCAUGGAAAGAGUUCCUAAUGUUUUGUAUACUCCGUGUAUGUAGCUAUUUAAGGUACUAAACUGUCUUAUUGUGAAAAUAGUCAUAUUCAUGGGAGUGGAUUCAAAGUUUAGGUUGAAGUGUAAUAGAGUAGACAGGAUGAGUUUUAACUGCAGUUGAUCAAGUCCAAGAGACAACAAAGAACCCCUUGCUCUCCAUUGACAUAGGAUAUAUUUUGUCUGUUUGAUUUUUAUGUUCUGUGUCUCAGGGUAUAAUAAAUAUAAAGUAAACGAACAACUUUGGGAUGAAUGCCACCAUGAACCAGACAGAGGGGCAGUACAGAGACAGCUACAACAUCACACCUCGCAAUGUAACCGCUGGCUUCCAGUCCCCUUUCUCCCCGGUCAUGGACAAGGCCAUCAAUGGCAUCACCAUCAUCAUCCUCUUCAUCACCAUGGUGUCCCUGGGCUGCACCAUGGAGAUCUCUAAGAUCAAGGCCCAUAUCCUGAAGCCCAAAGGGGUGGCUAUCGCAGUGGUGGCCCAGUUUGGUAUUAUGCCCCUCACCGCCUUCAGCCUGGCCAAAAUCUUCCAGCUGGGCCCUAUCGAGGCUGUGACCGUGCUGAUCUGUGGCUGCUGUCCCGGGGGAAACCUCUCCAACAUCUUCGCCCUGGCCCUGAAGGGUGACAUGAACCUCAGGUGAAACGCAUUGAUAUAUCUGUUGUGAGGAGAUUACAGCAGUCUGCUCCAUCAGGCUGCUGAGGGUUUUCAACACAUUUACAUCAGGCCACAGAGGCUAUUAACAUGUCAGACAAAACUUAAAUGGUAUCUUCUUGAAAGUAAAUUGUUUCACAAUAGAAAAAUGCAAAUGUUUAAAUCAUUUUGCACAUGGCAUGAAUGCAAAACAAAAAAAUCACACAAACUCAGUUAAUAAAAAAUGGAAUUGAAAUUAUAAGAAGUUUCAUUCCCCCCUCUUUUUAUAUCCUACAGCAUUGUAAUGACCACAUGUUCUACUGUUUUGGCCCUGGGUAUGAUGCCUCUGCUGCUCUUCCUAUAUUGCCAUGGCUUCAAUAACUUGGAAAAAGCUGUGCCUUACACUGGCAUCACCAUAGCUCUCAUCAUGACACUAGUACCCUGUGCCAUUGGCAUAGCCAUCAACCAUCGGGUACCGCAGUACGCUCAGAUCAUCAUCAAGGUAAGCUUGACUAAUGCAUUUAUACAGCAUGUUCUAAUUACUAAUGGACAUGAAUGGACAGCCUCUGUAAAAGCAUGCCUGAUUUGGCAGAGCUUUUACUCCACAGGUUGGUCUAAGCAUCUUACUGAUUGCUUCCGUGGCCAUUGGCGUCAUGUCAGGUAUCACCAUUGGGGGAACAGUGAGGGUGGUUCUCUCACCCCAACUCAUGGCCACGGCUGCACUGAUGCCCCUGACAGGCUACCUGCUGGGAUAUAUCAUGUCAACCAUCCUCAAAGUCAAUCAUCAGUAAGUGUACUGCUGUAUUCAUCUGUUCAAGGAUGGGACUGGGCCAAGGGGAAUGUAUCCAUUCAUAGCUAUCAAUAAUAAUAUACAGUUGAGCGAACCAUGUAACAAAUAUUUUCUCAGAUGCAGGAGGACUAUUUCUAUAGAGACAGGCUGUCAGAACAUCCAGCUGUGUUCCACCAUCUUGAAGGUGGCCUUUCCCCCGGAAGUCAUUGGCCCCCUGUAUCUGUUCCCGCUGAUCUACAUCAUGUUCCAGGGAGGCGAGGCGUUGCUUUUCAUCAUUCUCUUCAGAUGUUACCAAAGGUUCAAGCCACCAGCUGAGGGUUAA